AUGAACUUUAUCUCUUUCGGAACAUUUUACUUACUUUCUUUCUUUCUUUCUUUCUUUCUUUCUUUCUUUCUUUCUUUCUUAAACACCAUAACCACUUCUCCUCCUCUAUUUAAUCCCAACGGUCUCCAUUUCCUCCUCCUUUUUCAUUAUCCCUCCUACUCAUCGUAUUUUAUCUUUUUCCUCCCGCUCAUUUCGACUCAUCACUGUCACCCCCAGACUACACCAGUAUAUCACCCCACCACGAUGGAAUAUGAGCGCAGAGCAGCGGUAGUAGCUUCUUUUUGCGUUGGAAAGAAGCCUGCGAAAGUGAUGGACUGGACCGACGAGUUCGUGGCCGCCGUCAAGGAGACAGUCGACAAUGAUGGAAGCCAGAGCUACGUCAAGAUCGCCGCUGACAUGGGCUGUCACAAGUCGACAAUCUGCCGAACGAUCAAGGACAUUGGUUACUCCUCCUACCGCAAGUCUCACUGA